AUGACAAGUGAAGUUAGUACUUGUGUAAAUGAGUAUCCAACUGUAGAAUGUGGAAAUGUUACGCCAAUGAGCUAUGUGAAUACCCAGCGCAGGAUUCAACGAAGGUUCUCACUGGAAGAGAUGGAUGCAGAUUUUGAUUUUGUAUUAUUGAAUGAACUGAGGCAAUUUCGCUCCGAAAUGACAUCUCGUUUGGAAAGUCAAGCAAAUGCGAUAAAAAAUCUACAAGAUCAAUUCUCCCAAACCAAGGCUGACCUUGAACAUUUAAUAAAAUUAAUGACGGUAGUAGAGGAAAAAGUAGAGUCGAAAUUAUCCCAAAACAUUUCGCCACAAAUUAUAAAUAAAGAUAGUAUUAACCCUCCGUGUACGCUUGCUAAUAUAGUCAGACAAGCCACCAGUACCAAUACACUAUUGAAAAAGAGAACAAAUAGUCGCCAUAUUUCUUAUACACAAAAUAUGAACAGCGAUGAAGCCACGAAACUGACUCAACAUACGGCCCAGGUGAAACUAAUAAGCACACCGAUGAUUACUGAGUCAAUAAGUACGGAUUCGAAUAACAAAGAGGAUCAUCAACAAGCUGGUUGGAAGACGCAAAAGGCUGGUGGUGCUGAUACACUUUCCAUGCGGAGCUCACGUUCUGCACCGGCGUUGGCGGGCCCGUCCCACCGUAAAUCAUUUCAGCAUCUGGAUGAGUUCCAACUGACGUACGUUCCCUCUCCGCGGUAUCAUUGGCAUGGUGCACUCUAA